AUGGAUCGAGGCAAUUUCAAUAGAGACCACUCUUGCUAUUAUUUGUUUCUCUAUUCCUUCUUCAACUCUCAAAAUUUCAACCCCUCCCAAGACUAUUAUCCAAAUCUUGCUGAUAUUCCAAGCUCCAAUGAAUUUUCAGAGUUUGAUUAUGCUAUGAAUUCAGAAUUCUCGAUUAAUCCAACUGAUUCUCCUAUUUCUGAAUAUCACCAAACCUCUGAAAUUUUUUCUGGAAACCCUUCCAACAAUGCGCAUAGUUGGACUGAUAUAGAAGAUAUAUCACUAAUGUCUGCUUGGUGCUUUAUCAGUAACAAUCCAAUUGUUGGCAGAAACCGAAAUAGUAAGUCAUUUUGGAAAAGUGUUGCAGGUAUGUAUGAGCAAAGUCGAGCAGAUAAUCCAGAAAUUAGAGGUCCAAGGACCUUGGAAUCGUUGAGGCAACGUUUCAAACGCCUCAACAAAAAUGUAACUUUGUGGGUUGCUGCAUACAAAAAAGCAUAUGAGCGACGAACGAGUGGUCAGUCUAAAGAGGAUAUCGAGAAAGCAGCUCAAACAAUUUAUGGUAAAACUAAGUUUACUCAUGAGGUGUUUGAAAAAGUUAUGAGCAACUGUCCGAACUGGGAACUGAAAUUGGAAAGUACUGGUUACGUACGACGUUCUCACCCAGACGACGAAGACAGUGUUGACGAAAGUCGCAGCAGCUUAAAAAAAUCAAGGACAGAUGAAGAUGUGAAUCCUCCAACCGACUCCACUCCAGAAACUCCAGGUAGUGAUGCUUCGAAAUUUCAGCGUCCUAUUGGUAGGGAUAAAGCUAAAGCCGAUUUGCAUGACGAAUACUUACGAAUGAACGCCCAAGUCAUUCGUAAAUCAGUUAUCAAAUUUGUUGAAGGUGUCAUUUCCAAUUUCGGAGCUGAGUACCUCCGAAAGCCCACUGAAGAAGAUAUGGCAGCUCUUCUUCAUAUCGGAGAACGGCGAGGGUUCCCAAGCAUGAUAGGUAGUAUUGAUUGUAUGCAUUGGGAAUGGAAAAAUGGCCCUACGUACUGCAUGGGCAUGGCAAUAUGCAGGACGAAGCGGUACGCCAACAAUUAUUCUGGAAGCAGUUGCAUCACAAGACCUAUGGAUCUGGCAUGCAUUUUUUGGAACCCCAGGUUCAAGAAAUGA